GUGAGGGCAUAUAAUAAAGAUAGCUUCGAGAAUAAGAUAGCUGAUAAUCUCAAUACAAUGCUUAUUGUAAGCAAAGACCCUAGCAUUGAGGAUAUUGAAGAAAAUAUUGAUCCGAAAGAAGGAAAUAAUAAAAAUGACCACGCAAAUUUUGAUCUGAAAGAAGGAAAAGAA